GAACGUUCUGCCAAUGAGAGCGCGCGUUAUUCAGGAGGCUGAAUUUCCGGGCGGUAGUAUAAACUGAGGCCUGACGCGUGCGGUUUGAGUCAGCAUCUGCGUUCGUGUAUUCAGUUUCCUUACGCACCAUCACCUAAAGAAUGGCUGAGAAUGACGUUGACAACGAGCUGCUGGAUUAUGAAGAGGACGAGGAGCCUCAAGGAGCCCCGGAGAGCGCCGCUCCAGUGGGCAAGAAGGAGGUGAAGGGCUCUUACGUGUCCAUCCACAGCUCGGGCUUCAGAGACUUUCUGCUCAAGCCGGAGCUGCUGAGGGCCAUCGUGGACUGCGGUUUUGAGCAUCCGUCUGAAGUGCAGCACGAGUGCAUCCCGCAGGCCAUCCUCGGCAUGGAUAUCCUGUGUCAGGCCAAGUCUGGUAUGGGGAAGACAGCCGUGUUUGUGCUCGCUACCCUACAGCAGAUCGAGCCGGUGGAUGGACAGGUGUCGGUGCUGGUCAUGUGUCACACUCGUGAGCUGGCGUUUCAGAUCAGUAAGGAGUACGAGCGCUUCUCCAAGUACAUGCCCACGGUGAAGGUGGCAGUGUUCUUCGGCGGCAUGUCCAUAAAGAAGGACGAGGAUGUCCUGAAGAAGAGCUGCCCUCACAUCGUGGUCGGCACGCCGGGACGAAUCCUCGCCCUGGUCCGAAACAAAACCCUCAACCUGAAGAACGUCAAGCACUUCGUUCUGGACGAGUGUGACAAGAUGCUGGAGCAGCUGGAUAUGAGACGUGACGUUCAGGACAUCUUCAGACUGACCCCUCAUGAGAAGCAGUGCAUGAUGUUCAGCGCCACCCUCAGCAAAGAGAUUCGGCCCGUCUGCCGCAAGUUCAUGCAGGACCCGAUGGAGGUGUUUGUGGACGAUGAGACGAAGCUGACUCUUCAUGGUCUGCAGCAGUACUACUGCAAACUGAAGGACAGCGAGAAAAACCGCAAACUCUUCGACCUGCUCGACGUGCUGGAGUUCAACCAAGUGGUGAUAUUCGUUAAGUCUGUUCAGCGUUGUGUGGCGCUUUCACAGUUACUGGUGGAGCAGAACUUCCCUGCCAUCGCCAUCCACAGAGGAAUGGCUCAGGAAGAGAGGUUGUCUCGGUAUCAGCAGUUUAAAGACUUUCAGAGGAGGAUCCUAGUGGCCACAAACCUUUUCGGGCGAGGAAUGGAUAUCGAGAGGGUCAACAUCGCCUUCAACUACGACAUGCCAGAGGACUCCGACACGUAUCUCCACAGGGUGGCUCGUGCGGGUCGCUUCGGCACCAAGGGUUUGGCCAUCACGUUUGUGUCAGACGAGACUGACGCAAAGAUCCUGAACGACGUGCAGGACCGAUUCGAGGUCAACGUGGCCGAGUUACCAGAGGAGAUCGACAUUUCCACUUACAUUGAACAGUCCAGAUGAAGAUCUUGACGUUUCCAGAAUCGCAGAUAUUGGAUCACGUUGGAGUGCCGAACCUCUGUUUUUAAAGCCUCCUUUUUACCUCAAACCCACAAUUGUUUUUACUGCUUCUCUCGGAGAACCGGCCGAGUUGUCUGUUUUAUGAUUUUGUCCUAAAAUCAUGUUUUUGUUUUGGGUUUUAAUGAGAUUAAAACGUUUUAUAUACUACUCUUGACUGGCUGUGUUUGUCUUCUGAGAAGUGUCAUGAAAUGUAUGAAAGUGGUUUUGUAAUGGGUCUCCAAAUGCUUCGUGUAAUUGCUUACUCUGAAAGUCUUUCCAGAUAUUUGUCUUGUUAAACUCGCAGGCCAGUGUCAUAACCUCCAUCGUUUGAGGUUAACUGAUUGAGACUUGUGUGGUUGCAAAUUACUGAAAUGUCAACCUAAAAUAAAAAAAAAGUUUUGUAAUGGGAAA